AUGAAUGAAAGGCCUGGUGACUCUAUUGAUGGGGGCCAAGCAAGGGUUCUUUUGCUGGAGGACCUGGAUGAGAGAUAUCGCAGGACUGGUGAAACGAAGUAUCUGGAUGAGUCCAUUCGAAUCCGACGGGAAGCGCUUUCAUCGAUACAUUCAAAAGACCAGAAAGACAAGGCUAUACAGUCACAUCUCCUCAGUAACAAUCUUUGUGACAGAUUUGCGGAAAGUGAAGAUUUUGACGAUCUUACGGAAGCUAUUGAGUUUGGGUUGCAGGCAAUGGAGUUGACGACGGAAGAGCAACAUGCCCAAAAGGAAGUAUUUCUCAAGAGGCUCAAAUUUUUCUAUGAGGAAAAGUUUGAAGAGACGAACGAGCUCGCUGAUUUUGAUAAGAUCAUUCGCUAUCAGAGGCUCAUAGUUGAAUUGGCGAGCGCUAAAGACAGUGACCUCUAUUUCAACGGAUUGGCUGCGCUUGGUUCCCUGCUCAAGCAACGUUCGAUCAUCACAAGAGAGACCUUGGAUAUGGACGAGUGUGUUUUGAUCAUGGAGAGGCUUCUGAAAAUGAGACCUGAGGAUGAGCGUGCGAUGAAAAGGCUUAUGCAUGCUCUAUACAGCCGGUACAUUCAAACAGCAGACUUAUCAGAUCUGGAAGGUUGCAUUCGACUUCGUCGACAAGCAAAAGAUUCAUCAAACACCGAUAAAAGUAGGGUCGAGUGGAUAAUAACACUGGCAAGAUAUCUUGUCAUUCUGCAUGAGAGAACAGAAGAAAAAACCUACCUUGAAGAAGCCUUUGCUGUUGCGAAUGAGGCACUCGGCAUAAUUGACGAGAACCGCUGGGAGUCAAGCUGGUUAUCCUGCUUAGCACGAAUGUUCGGAUGUCAGUAUCUCAAGACCAACGCUCUAACCGACAUAGAUGAGGCAAUUCGAUUGGGAAGAUUAGCACUGAAAGCCAACCCGACAGAGGAGAGUCGGAAGGCCAUCUUGACAAAUUUGGGCAACCGACUAGGCGACAGGUACCUGCGGACGGAAUUAGAGGACGAUAUCAAUGAAUCGAUUGAAUAUGCCAGAGAGGCUCUUAGGCUGGACCCCGAGGGGGUUUCCCCACUGUACAACGUCGCCAUCAAGUUGGGCGAUCGGUUCAUCAGAACGAACAAUCUGGAAGAUGUCAACGAGGCUAUCGAGCUGGAAAGAAAAGCCUUAGAGAAACUACCGCUGGAUCAUUCCGAGCGGGUCGACUAUCUGAACGCCUUGGGCAAUCAACUCGCGGAUCGAUUUCAGCACGAAAGAGACUUGAACGAUUUGAAAGAAGCUAUUCAGAUUGCAGAACAAUGUUUGGAGUUUUUGCCAGAGGACCAUCCUCACAGAGCAUCUCGGUUAAAUAACCUAGCUGGUCGAUAUCUUGACCUUUACAACGUCAAAGAAAACGAAUCGGACUUGACAAAGUCUAUGAUUCAAUACAGGGCAGCCCUCAAUCACGAGUACUCAGACACGGAAGACCGUAUUGAAGCAGGUCAGGCCAUCAUAGCCAAAUGUUCAGACAUCCAACAAGUUUUUAAAGCUGCCAAAACUGCCGUGGAGCUUGUUCCAAAGCUUGUAUCAUGGUCACAUGAGAUCUCCGAUCGACAGUUUGUGCUUGGCAGGGCAGUCGGCUUAGCCUCCGAUGCAGCAGCCGCUGCAUUACGAGUAGGGGAGUCAGCCAUGACCGCCUUGAAGCUACUUGAGCAAGGCCGCGGCAUCAUCGGCUCGUCGCUUCAGGAUAUACGCAGCGAUGUUAAAGAUCUUGAAAAGCACUAUCCCGACCUUGCAGAGAAAUAUCGCAGUUUACAGACAGAGCUGGAUCGGGGCAAAACGACCAAUACAAUUACCAAUGAUUCCGAAAGAUCAGUCAAUCGAAGGCACGCCGCUGCAAGGGACUUUACCGAAUUAACUGCUGAAAUCAGACGAUUACCCGGCUACGAAACCUUCAUGCUCCCGCCUAGUGACAAUGAGAUCUACAAAGCCUCAGAGUAUGGUCCGAUUGUUGUGAUCAACAUCAGCAGACUUCGUUGCGAUGCUCUACUUAUAUCGGACAGUCGAGUCCAAGCAUUACCUCUAUCGAGUUUGGAUUUAAAGGAACUAAAGUACCAAAUGUCAGUCAGAAGUUUGUCGGAUCCGCAGACUCUUGAAUGGCUUUGGGACACCAUUGCGAGUCCAAUCCUGGAUAUCUUGGGAAUUACCGAGACGCCUCCCCCAGACAAAUGGCCGCGUGUUUGGUGGAUUCCGACUGGACCUCUUGUGCAAAUGCCCCUCCAUGCCGCAGGCUAUCAUCAUUUACAGUCUUCGAAAGCGGUGCUCGACCGGGCUUUAUCGUCCUACGGUUCUUCCAUCCGUAACAUCAUUCGUGGCCGUCGUGAUGCUAUCAAGACUUCUACAUCUGAUCAAGCAUUGCUUAUUGCGAUGGAGCAUACGCCGGGACAUGACUCGCUUUCUUUUGCCAAAGCAGAAAUAGAUUCAGUCAGCGAAACCAUAAGUGCGAUGAAGUUGAGACCUAUCGUCCCGGAACGGAAUAAACAAGAUGUCACCCAGUAUUUAUCACAAUGCAGAAUCUUCCACUUCGCAGGCCACGGACUUGUUCAUACAGAGGAUCCAUUACAGAGCUGUCUACUCCUUGAAGAUUGGGAGACUGACUCACUUAAAGUCGCUGACCUUUUUGAUAUGAACGUCCAGAAAGGAGCGCCCCUCCUUGCAUACCUUUCUGCAUGUGGUACAGGUCAGACUAAAGACGAGACGUCCUUUGAUGAAAACAUCAACCUUAUCGGUGCGUGCCAGAUUGCUGGGUUUAGGCACGUUAUUGGCACUCUGUGGAGUGUCCAGGAUGAUAUGUCGGUCCGGAUGGCAAGCAUGACCUAUCAAGAAUUGAGUGACUCUGGCAUAUCGGAUGAGUCGAUUUGCCGAGGGCUUCACAAGGCGACUUGUGAGCUUAGAAGAGAGUGGUUGGAGCAUCGAGUUACCUACCAGGAUGUAUCAAACUCUGCAGCCACCGAACUACAGGAUAUAGCGAUCGAGCUUCAAUUCCGCUCAACGAGAGACGCUUUGUUGAUAGACAGUGGGGGCCAGAAUCUUGGUCUAGCUUACUGGGCACCUUAUGUACACUACGGAGUAUAA